AAACGAUUGUAAUAACUUUAAUAAGAAUAUAAUUAAUUCAAAGAAACUGGAAAUAAUUUAUUAGUAUAAUGGAACUAUCAACAGAAUUGCAGUUAGGUUUGAAACGACUAUGCAAUCCAGCGCUUGUGAAUAAUGAUUGUUUUCUAAGUUUACUAAAGAAGGCUGAAGUAGUGCUGAAUUCUGUAUUAGAUUCAACAUCUAUGAAACUUGUAAAAGAUGAUUUGGACAUCAUUGCUACUUCUAAACAAGACAUUAUUAAAGAAGCAUAUGCUUCUUUAGUUUCUAUGUUAAUAAUUGCUGGUCAACAUAAUUUAGAUGCAUCAUCUUUAAACCAUUACAUUGAACCUCUGGUGUUAAUUGAUACAAGCCGUACAUCAAAUAUUGUGAAAACAUAUGAGUAUAUUAGACCCAAUCUUGUUAAAGCUUGUGUUAUCACUAAUACAUCUUUGAUUAGUGUUGUAGACAUUGAAUGUCAACUUGAAUAUUGUAUCCAAACUAGUGUCUUUGAUGAUGUAUCAGAAUUAUUAUACCGAUUGAAAUUGAAGACUAUAAAUAAUGGUAAAAUAAACCAUGUAAAUUUUGUGUGUAAUUUACAACAGCUACAAGAAUUUGUUAAUAAACUAAAAGAUGCUGUCAGACAUUUGGAAAAAAUUGUUGCGGUAAUUUAAGAAGAAUAAGUCUUUAUACAUGGUAUUACUGGAAUCUUUCGAGUACCAUAAAAUAAAAUAAUCAAUAAAACAAAAUAACAUCUCAACAAUAAUUACAAUCAACAACAUUAUAAAAUAAUAAUAAAUAAAUUUUACA